CGGGGGCGGCCGGCGGUUUGACGGCAGCGGGCGCGGGGGGCAGCGGCCUGACCCGCCCGCACGGACCCGGCCUCCUCCCGCUCUCCGUCUCUCCGCCUCUCCGUCCGUCCCUCCGCCCGUCCGGCCUCGGGCCCCUGCGUGAGGGCCGCGGGCGGCGCCCUCGCCCUCGCCCUCGGGGACGACAUGGCGACCACCGUCACCACCCAGCGGGGCCCGGUGUUCGUCGGCGACCUCCCUCGGGACUUCCUGCGCAUCACCCCCACGGCCCAGCAGCGGCAGACCCAGCUGGACGCCCAGGCGGCCCAACAGCUGCAGUACGGCAGCCCCCUGGGAACCGUCGGCCGCCUCAGCGUCACCGUGGUGCAGGCGAAGUUGGCCAAGAACUACGGGAUGACCCGCAUGGAUCCGUACUGCCGGAUCCGGCUGGGCUACGCCGUGUACGAGACGCCGACGGCUCACAACGGCGCCAAGAACCCCCGCUGGAACAAGGUCAUCCAGUGCACGGUGCCCCCCGGCGUGGACUCCUUCUACCUGGAGAUCUUCGACGAGCGAGCCUUCUCCGUGGACGACCGCAUCGCCUGGACCCACGUCACCAUCCCCGAGGGGCUGAGGCAGGGCAGGGUGGAGGACGAGUGGUACAGUCUGAGCGGCAGGCAGGGCGACGACAAGGAAGGCAUGAUUAACCUGGUCAUGUCCUACACGUCGCUCCCCGCCGCCAUGAUGAUGCAGCCGCAGCCGGUGGUGCUGAUGCCCACGGUGUACCAGCAAGGCGUCGGCUACGUGCCCAUCACAGGAAUGCCCGCCGUCUGCAACCCCGGCAUGGUCCCCGUGGCGCUGCCCCCGCCGGCGGCGGCCCCCCGGGCCCCGUGCUCCGCCGAGGACCUCGGAGCCAUCCGGGACAUGUUCCCCAACGUGGACGGGGAGGUCAUCCGCUCCGUGCUGGAGGCCCAGAGGGGGAACAGGGACGCGGCCAUCAACUCCCUGCUUCAGAUCGGGGAGGAGUCGUAGGCUCUCCCCUCCCCGCCGCCCCGCCCCCCCCCCCCGUC